ACGGCCUCGCAGGCGGGUGGCGGCGGCCGUGCUGGCUGCUGAGGGCGGGAGCGAGUGAGUCACUGCGCGCGUGUGAGGGAGGGAAGGAGCGAGGGAGCCAGCAGCCCGCGCCCGCCGCCCUCCCGCAGCUCCCGCCAGGCCCCCCGCCACCGCCUGCCCUCCGCCCAGCGUCCAGGCCGGGCCGAGCCGAGCCGGGUCGGGCCCGGGCCAUGCUGCUCACCGUGUACUGUGUGCGGAGGGACCUCUCCGAGGUGACCUUUUCCCUCCAGGUCGACGCCGACUUCGAGCUGCAUAACUUCCGCGCGCUGUGCGAGCUCGAGUCCGGCAUCCCCGCCGCCGAGAGCCAGAUUGUCUACGCAGAAAGACCUCUCACCGACAACCACAGAUCCCUGGCUUCUUACGGCUUGAAAGAUGGAGAUGUUGUAAUUUUGAGACAGAAGGAGAAUGCAGACCCUCGUCCUCCAGUGCAGUUCUCAAACUUACCCCGGAUUGACUUCAGUAGCAUAGCUGUGCCUGGCACGUCAAACCCCCAACAGCGCCAGCUGCCCAGAGCACAGGCUCAGCACUCGUCUCCUGGGGAAACAGCAUCAUCUCCUCAAGGCUUAGACAACCCAGCCCUGCUCCGAGACAUGCUGCUGGCCAACCCGCACGAGCUGUCCUUGCUGAAGGAGCGUAACCCACCCCUGGCAGAAGCUCUGCUCAGUGGAGAUCUCGAGAGAUUCUCUAGGGUCCUGGUAGAGCAGCAGCAGGACCGAGCUCGGAGAGAACAAGAAAGGAUUCGUCUGUUUUCUGCUGACCCCUUUGAUCUUGAAGCUCAGGCAAAGAUAGAAGAAGAUAUAAGGCAGCAGAACAUUGAGGAGAACAUGACAAUAGCUAUGGAGGAGGCCCCGGAGAGCUUCGGCCAGGUUGCCAUGCUCUACAUCAACUGCAGAGUGAACGGGCAUCCUGUGAAAGCCUUCGUUGACUCAGGUGCCCAGAUGACUAUUAUGAGCCAGGCUUGUGCGGAAAGGUGUAACAUCAUGAGACUGGUGGACCGUCGGUGGGCUGGCAUAGCCAAAGGAGUAGGCACACAGAAGAUUAUUGGAAGGGUGCAUCUAGCUCAGGUUCAGAUUGAAGGUGAUUUCCUGGCAUGUUCCUUCUCCAUACUCGAAGAACAGCCUAUGGACAUGCUUCUGGGAUUGGACAUGCUUAAACGGCAUCAGUGUUCGAUUGACUUGAAGAAAAAUGUACUGGUGAUUGGCACCACAGGCUCACAGACCACCUUCCUUCCUGAGGGGGAGCUACCGGAGUGUGCCCGCUUGGCAUAUGGAACUGGGCGAGAGGACAUACGGCCAGAGGAGAUUGCAGACCAAGAAUUAGCAGAAGCCAUUCAAAAAUCAGCAGAGGAUGCAGAGAAAAGCUGUAAAGAAUCUACCUCACAGGGAAUGUCAUCGUUGCUGACUUCAGAUGGAUUCCACCCUCCAGCCCCUUCUUCUGGGCAGAGUCCUGAGGUUGGCAGCCCUACGAGUCUCGCUCGCUCUGUCUCUGCUUCAGUCUGCGCCAUCAAGCCCAGUGACCCCAGUAGCAUUGAACCUAUAGCUAUGGAGGCUAUGAAGACUUCGGCUGAAUUUCAGACAAGCUCUAAGAAAACAGACCCUCCUCCUCCUCUGCAGGGUCUUCCUGAUCUCGCUUCCCCAGCAGACCAGAAUCCAGCUAUGCCUUUUCGUAAUUCAUCUGAAGAAGCAUUUGUUGCAGAUAAUCCAGAGAAAGCUGCUGAAGGAAGAACCCAGGGCCUCAGAGUUUAUCUCCAUACAAGACAGGACACUAGUUUCUCUCACACAGCUACUGGGAUGCAUGAGCCACAGGUAUUUGUGGAAGAAAAGAAUUGGCAUCCAGAAAAUCAGAACCCAAGUCAAGUGAAUGGCCUUCAGCAACACAGAGAACCACACAAUGGGAGUGGACAGCAGAACGUUCCACAUGACCAAGAAUGUCUUUGUGACACAGAAGAUCUUGAACUUCAUGAAGAAAAUCAACAGGACCAAGAAAAAAUUGUCAAUUUGAAAGCUGUGAUGAAAAGAGAUGAACUUCAGACAAAUGCUCAUCUUCUAAGUACAGAGAAAAGUCUAGCUUCAGGGUACUGUAGCUGUUCAUGCUCAGAAACCCUGAUGGAAGUGGAUACAGUUGAAGAGUCUCUGGUUGCUCUGUGCAGCUCAACAGGCAGGCAGAAUGUCAGUGUCAAGAGCCCUGGUGCAUCGCAUCUCACUUCAGAUAAUCCCUCAAUGGAAGUGGAAACAGGACAGUGUAACCCCUCCUGUGAAAGCAUGGAACAUUCCAUUUCGACCCGGCAUUUGCAGCUCCCAGAAGAUACUGUUGAAAUGUCUGUGAUGGAUAGCAAAGAUAGCCGCAGUUCCCCUUCCCCUUUAAGUGACCACGGUCACCCCUCUGUGGAGGCAGCUGAAGAAUUUUGUUCGUCUGUCACAGUGGCCUUGAAAGAACUGCAUGAACUUUUGGUCAUUAGCUGUAAGCCAGCUUUGGAAAAUGCACCUGAAGAUGUUACCUGUCAGUCAGAGAUGGAAGCUGAGAGCCAAGCAGGUAUUUUGGACGUUUCAGGAAAGAGGGCCCAAAAUGAGCAUCUGAUCCCUAGUGACCAGUACCCACAAGUCUCCUGUCACGAGGCCACCUCUGAAUCAGAAAAGACAGACAUCGUAGGCACUGCACCUUGUGCUGGGAUAGAAGAUAAAGCAUACACUAGCUUCAGGGGUCUGGGCGAUAGCUUGUCAAAUGGCAGAGAAGUUGCCCCCAGACCAAGGGAGUCGGCCAGGAAGAACUGUUCUGUCGUUAUAACCUCAGCCAAACCAUCUGAUGAGUCACGCUGCACCUCAGGUGUAGAAAUGUCACCCACAUUUGCAGUAGGUGAGGAGGGUACCCACAGUCAGCCUUCUGAGCACAUGCAGAAUCCAGGCACAGACGGGCCGGAGACCAGCGAUGUCUGCCCUGGAGCUGCGCCGCCCUUUCAUGGAUUGGACCCACCUGCUACACAGCCCUUGUCUUCUCCCUCCGCUCUCCCGCCGUUCAUCUUUCCCGCCGCAGAUGUUAACCGGAUUCUUGGUGCCGGCUUCACUCUGCAAGAAGCCCUCGGGGCUUUGCAUCGAGUUGGUGGGAAUGCAGACCUUGCACUUCUUGUCUUGCUAGCAAAGAACAUUGUGGUCCCUACGUAAUCGUGGGACAGUGGGCUGACUGUACUCCAUUCCGUUUGUGAAAGCCCUCUCCACACAGAUACACACUCACCACACACAUACACAGUAUAUGUAGAAACCUGCAAGCAAAAUGUUGAGCCAGAUUUUUUUUUUUUUUUCCGGCCAAAGUAAUUUAUGAUCUUUUGUCUGAUGAAUUUGUCUAUUUUACUUGUUAAAUUUUGGGCCUUUUAAAAUGUAUUGGCAGUAUGUGCAUACAAAAGCUUUUUAUUCUCAUUAAGAUGAUGUAUUCUGGAAUAAAAUGGAUGGUUUUGUGUA